AUGCGUCUCUGCUCUAUCGUACUUCUCGCUUCGACCGCAGUUUCGGUGUGCAUUACUGGUGCCCCGGGGGUCACCAACUCCUCCACGAAGGAAGCCCACAUCUCGUCCAGUGUUCCACUUGUUGGCGACGACUCAAACAACGCUCCUGCCAAUCGACUGUUGAGGAUGGAUGACACCACAAGCGGUGAAGAAAGGGUUCCAGUGCCGUCCGCAUUGAUCACCACGAGCUUAAUUCAGAGGAAAACCGAGUUAGCCGUGCGUAAGCUCUACGACGGUACCAAGACGCCCAACUUCGGUCUUAGCAAGCGGGCUUGGCGCUCAGUGAUGAAUGCGGAUAGUAAUUUAUACAAGCAUAUGAUCGCGGCUGAGGAAGAGCAGCGUAUCAAGAACCUGCGCGUGGUCGCGUCGGCUAAGAAAAAAAAGAAACAGCAGCGCAUCGAGAACGAGCAAGUGCCCAAGCAAACCUCGAACGGGGAGACAGCCGCAGCCGAUCUGCCUGAUUUGGUUCAAGCGGCUAUAACGAACCAUCUUCCAAAGGAAAUCGAGCUACUACCGAUCAUGAAAUGGAUGACGGGUCAACCUUCCGAGCAGCUCGUCAACGUCCUGAGACUGCACAAAGUCAAUAAGACUUUCUCCUACACAAAGGUGCGAGCGUUGACAGAUGUUCUCGAGAAGUACAACAAGGCGAUGAAGACGAAGAUCAAGCUGCUUGAUACGCUCGAAGGAGUGUAUGGUGGUGUGGCCAGCUACGCACGCAUUUUGUCGGCCGCGAAGUUAAGUGGUCUCACUGGCGAGAAGAUAAAGACACUCCAGGUUGAGCUGGUCGAGAGCCUCCAUUGGGAAACACUUGACGACCUUCUGGUCCUCCUAAAGUUGAACCUGGAGCACGACUACCUGACAUACGAAGCGCUGGAUACGAUAGUCGUCUGCGUUGCUUUGCGUCACAAGUUGACGCCAGAAAAGGCUCUUUACGUCACUCUUACGGGUCUACGAGUCAAGUAUCACGACGAUAUCGUUAAAGACGCGAUUACGAGGGGAAGGGGUGAAGUCGAAUCUGCCAACCUGCAUCUGGUGAGUAAAUACGGAGCUAACCCAACCAUAUUGAAGGAGAAGGAGGCCAACAGGUUCGCCGAUCUGCUCGAAGCCUGGCUCGAUCCGAAGACUGUUGUUCCAUCUUUAACAAUGAACAACCGCAUUCGAGCAGCUGGUACAUCGUUGGACGAGAAGAGCCUGGAACUUUCGCUGAAGCCCCCAGGAACUUAG